AUCCCUAGUUAGUAAUGGCAAUUGUAGGCGUGGACGUAUAGAGGGUGUUUGGAAGCAUUGCAUCUUCGUUGGAAGGCGUUCUCGCGAAGGAGAGAAAAUUUCUUUCACAGAAAUGGCUUGUGAAAUGCGUUUUCAUAUCCUGGUAACAGCGUUGUUGCUUCUUUGCUGUAUCCAAGAAGGCCUCUCGAUCAAAUGUUGGGUCUGCAGAUCGGAUUCAGACCCUAAAUGCGCAGAUCCAUUUGAUAAUUCUACCGUACCAAUCACUGACUGCAAGCAAGAACCAGAUUUGGAGCAUUUGCGAGGUGUAAGACCAACAAUGUGUCGUAAGAUUCGCCAAAAAGUUAACGGUGAAUGGAGAUAUUUUCGUAGCUGCGCAUAUAUGGGAGAGCCUGGUAUUGCUGGUGAUGAGCGAUUUUGCCUAAUGAGAACUGGAACAUAUAAUAUAUUUAUGGAAUAUUGCACAUGCAACAGUAAAGAUGGUUGUAAUUCAGCGUCGUAUCAGUACGGGAGUUGGUUACUUUUGAUAAUCGCGUUUAUAACAUCAUCAGUCAGGUGCGCGUUCAAUAUGUAAAAGAGUUUAGCCAAAGAGUGAAUUUCUCAAUAGAUCUGAAUCUGAUUGCUGGAUGGUUUGAGAUUUCAGUAAGUGUAUUUACAAUUCAAGAUUCAUUUGUACUUACUAUAAAUGACUCCUUUUCUCUUCUUAUACAUCAAACUUCAGGGACACAAAUGCAAAAUCCAACAAUCAAAUUGAUAGGUUUAAACUAGUAUCAGUAGGUAGUAUAGUUUUUAUAACGUGCAACGUUUGUAAUUUUAUAUUUCCUUAAUUGUUUCUUUGUUGAAUGACGUUUUUUUAACGAAAGUGCCUUUUUAUAUGUUUUACCCCGAAGAACAACGAUAAGAAACAUAAUAAUAUUUAUAAAAAGGAAAGCAACUUCCAGUAAGUUAGUAGAUCACCUUGGCCUAAUGUUACAUAU